AUGUUACCUUGGAACAUUGGACAUUAUAUGUUGACUAUCGUUUCAAACCAGAGACGAUGGAUCUUUACUAUUGAGAUGGAUAAGACUAUCGGUCGGGGUCUAAUGUGGAACAUGACCCAUAAAAAGAAAGAUGGGAGCUAUGUGAAUGAAAAAGCUAAGGAGAUAGGGGAAAAAAUUGAUAGUCAAUUAAAUCAAAAAUUUAAGGCUUCUUCUGAAUUUCUUCAAAUGAUGUUGUUGGAAAGGUAUUUGGAAAAGAUUGUUGGCUAUAUUAGUACAAAAGAAGGUGGUACACUCCCUGCAGAUUUACCUGUUGUACUUGCAAAUCAUACACAACAGACUUCAGAGGUAGAAAGUGAGCCUUCAUCAUCUUAUGUCAUAAGAUCAUCAGAUGCAAGCAAUACACAUGAUACAAAUCCCCAAAGUCCUUCAAAUGACACAUAA